AUGUGCUAUGACCGCUACGUGUCCAUCUGCAAACCCCUGCACUACGGGACCCUCCUGGGCAGCAGAGCUUGUGCCCACAUGGCAGCAGCUGCCUGGGCCAGUGCCUUUCUCAAUGCUCUCAUCCACACAGCCAAUACAUUUUCCCUGCCCCUUUGCCAUGGCAAUGCCCUGGGCCAAUUCUUCUGUGAAAUUCCUCAGAUCCUCAAGCUCUCCUGCUCCAAAUCUCACUUCAGGGAACUUAGGCUCAUUGCUGUUAGUGCCUCCUUAUCAUUGUGUUGUUUUGUGUUCAUUGUUUUCUCCUAUGUGCAGAUCUUCAGGGCUGUGCUGAGGAUCCCCUCUGAGCAGGGACGACACAAAGCCUUUUCCACCUGCCUCCCUCACCUGGCUGUGGUCUCCCUGUUCCUCAGCACUGCAGUGUUUGCCCAUGUGAAACCCUCCUCCAUGUCCUCCCCAUCCCUGGAUCUGUCAGUGUCAGUUCUGUACUUGGUGGUGCCUCCAGCCCUGAACCCCCUCAUCUACAGCCUGAGGAACCAGGAGCUCAAGGCUGCAGUUAAGAGACUGAUGACUGGAUGGUUUUGGUAACAUUAAAGGUGUGGGAAAUUUCUGCAAAUCUCUUGAA